AUGUACAGGACCAGCAAGUACGAGGAGGUGGUGAUCAUCCUCGACGAUUUUCAGAGGGCCUCGGUCGGAAGCUGCUUGCUCUGCAGGGUGCUGGUUAGCCUGGCCAGGGAAAACCAGGUCAGUAUCGUACUGGCCAGCGAACGGGGCAUUGAGGAGUGGCACGAGGCAGAGCUGCUCAACGCCGGGUUCGAGUUCGCGGAUGAAGUCAGCCUGCAGAAUGUACGCUCUCUGAAGGAGUACUUCAGGGAUAGCAAGGCCGUGCUCGAGCUGCUGCGGGAACUCCGGAACGUAAGCUUCGGGGGGGUGGUGGAGCGUCUUGGGGCACGAGCCCUGCGGCUGAAGGAUAGCGAGCUGCUGCGGUGGGAGGCAGGGAAGGCCCCCGAAAAGCCUUGCGUCCAGUUCUCCACUGAUGACAGUUUGGUCUACUCACCUUAUAGUGAGGAUUUUGGUCCUUUGUCCCUGGCCUGCGUGUAUAAGUACUGCAAGGAGGUUCAGACCAUGCUGGCCAAGCGGGAUCGAAAGCUGCCCGUCUACCACUUCACCAGCACCGACCCCGCCAAGCGGGCCAAUUCGGCCUUCCUGGUUGCCUGCUUCCAGCUGCUCUGCCUGAAAAUUUCUGGAUCCGAGGCCACAAAAAUCUUCGAUAAAAUUGAGCCCAAAUUUGUGCCGUUUCGGGAUGCGCUCAAGGGCCCCUGCGCCUACGAGUGCACGAUCACGGACUGCGUGUUAGGACUUGAGUGGGCCAUCCAACUAGGCUGGUUUUCCUUGGACCGGUUCAACCUCCGGGAAUAUUAGUUCUACGAACGGCUUGAGAACGGGGACCUGAACUGGAUCAUACCGGGCAAGUUGCUGGCCUUCUCCUCGCCCAGCGACAAACCGAACAAGCUCACCACUGUCAAGGACUACGUGCCCAUCUUCAAGAAGAUGGGGGUUAGUCUGGUUAUCCGCCUUAACACCCAAACCUACAACGCCCAGAAGUUCGUGGAGGCAGGGAUCCAGCACCUUGACCUGUACUUCCAGGACGGCACCUGCCCUUCCCGUGAGAUUAUCAAGCGGUUCCUUAAGGCUGUGGAGGAUUGCCCGGGGGCAGUGGCAGUCCACUGCAAGGCAGGGCUGGGCCGCACUGGCACCCUGAUCGGCUGCUACGCCAUGAAGCACUACAAGUUUGACCCCGCAGCCUUCAUCGGCUAUAUCCGAGUCUGCAGGCCUGGCUCGGUGCUCGGUCCGCAACAGUUCUUCUUGCAUUAG